UCAAACUUUCAAAAAUGUUGUGAUUGAUUUAAAAUCGAAAGUAAAGAUGGCAGAUUAGACACGAUCAAAACAAUUGCAGGUAAAAAAAGUUGAAAAAUGAACGAAGCGGAAGUUGUGGAGAAAAAUCUAUGUCGUAUACGUAGCAAGUUUGAGUCAGGAAUAACUGAAGAUAAGAAAAUCAAAUAUCUGAAACUUCUUUCAAAACUAACUGUGACAGUUGCUUUGUUAAAGAAAACUUCAAUCGGGAAAGUUGUCAACACAUUACGAAAGGAAGAUGGACCUGUUGGAGAUUUAUCGAAAAAGUUGAUUAUAAAAUGGAAAGACGUUGCAUCCAGUGAAAAGAAUAAUUCCAUUUCACCUGCCAAAGAAAAAAUAGAUAAAAAGCAUAUGAAAGAACAUAAGAAUGAGCAUAAAUCGAGACUGGAAAAAAGUCAGCACAAAUCAUCACAUCCAGCUAUAGACAAUUUAUCGUUGAAUAAAACAUAUCCAGGGACAUCAUCAGGUUUUUCAGUUGAUAAUUCAUUACAUAACAAUGUCAAUGACAACGAUGAAAAUCUCAAUGACAACAAUGAGGAUGAGGGUGAUAAUGUAGGCACAAGCGGCAUGUCAUUUGGGGAUAUGCUUAUGAUGCCAGCUACAUUGAAUGUGAAGAAAAAAAAGAAAACCAGCAAGCUACUUACAUCUAAACCAGGCAAACUAGACAUGCCAACAUUACCAGAUAUUGAACUUCCAACUAUCAAUUCAGAACCCAUAUAUCGACCAAUCAGCAGGCCUGCGCCAAAGGAAAUUUUAAAAAGAAAAAGAGGUAUAGAAGCGACUUCUGAGGAUUUCGAAAGAAAAAAUGCUCCUGUAUUGACGGAUAUAGUUUCACGAAAAACAAGAUCUGUUAUGUACACUGGAAAAAAGCAAUCGACCAGUGGUGUUGUGACAUCAUUAUUUCAACAGUGCAUGCGAGUGUUAACCGAAAAUGUAGAUAUGCUAUAUGAAACAGGUGGUGUACCUUACAGACUUUUGAAACCAAUGUUAUUGAGAUGUACACCGCAGCAGUUGGAAAGGUUAGAAUACUACAAUCCACACUUCCUGGAAGAGUCUGAUGAACUUUGGAAAAUGCAUUGUCAACGAGAAUUUAAAGCUUUUUGUACGGAGGACGAUCCUGAUGACUCAUGGAAGAUGCUAUACAAGCAACUAUGCGUUGAUCGAGAACAACGUUUAAAGAAACUCAGUACAAAAAUCACAGCCGCUCAAGCUGCUAAGCUUCCUGAACGUUCUGUCAAAUUGGCUUAUGUAGCUGGUGCACCAAAACCAAGCAUGCAAGUUAUGCGUAAACAAAAAAGAUACGGUACCGAUAAUAUAGCUGAGAAAAAGAAGGAACUACGUGAACGAAUGGAAAAAGAACAACGAAACUCUGCGGUGGUGGUACCAUUCACUCAUGUUCCACGCCGCGAUAGAUGUUCUGCUCACCCUCCUUCCAGCUUGAGUUCAACGAAUCGCUUUGGUAGCCCGCAAGCCAAACGAAAGAAAGAGGAGAUUGGUUCGACUGGUCCAUCGUCCUUUAUGCCAACAAAAGUAAAGAAACCAGCUAGGAAGCCAAUGAUGUCAGCUGCAUUAAAAUUGUUAAAGAAGCAAAAAGGUCGAAUGUCUUCAUCCAUCAUGCGACGAUAGCCGGCCAGCUUUAAACAAGUCAUAUAUUACCCACAUUGGUUAAUCGAGGCAAACCAACUACGUACGCACUGGUUGAUCAAGAUAAAAACAACGUCAUUGCGUUGCCAGCAAUGGCGUGGAUUCAUCAACAGUUUCCCGUGAAGGGCUUAUUCGGUCAUUUCCUAUCUGCUACUUCAAAGGAAGUAGGAUUGAAACAUUUUCCUUGAACUAGUUUUUCUUACUUAUUUUAAAAACCGUAGCUCUCUCGAACAAUUUAUCUGCUCCAUUGUGUGUUUGAGAUAGUUUGAAGUUGUUUAGCUAUUCGUGCCAAGUGACUUUCUUAAAAUAUCAAAGCUAAAAUAGCUGUAUAAUUUGUUGAGCUACCUAGUGAGCUGCAGACAUAUUUUUAAAGGCUGUUUAAAAUUUGUAUACCGCCAACAAAGCAAUUCCGACUUUUCUAAUAAAUUCUUGCAGACGAUAAGGUUAAAAUGGGGCAAGAGGAAGUAAAAUCAAACCAGCGGAUUGCCGUUUAGAAUACACUUCGAUUUUUCUCCUAUUCUGGUCUGGUCUAUUCAUAGCUGGAUCAUUCACAUCUUAUAUCUCCAUGGUUGGAUGUUUCUGCGCCAUUUUCACUAAAUCAUACAAGGAAACACAAAGAAUUAUUUUUAACUCAGUUGCUGCUGUUGUUAUAACUAGGUUAUAAUUUUCAAGUCUAUGGUGUAUUUUGUAAAGCGUUACAGUUAAAAUAUAAGGCCCAACAGUGAAGAUAGCUAAACUAUCCCUUUCUGUUCUAUUCUAUCCACGAGUUCAUUGAUAUUUUUUCCUAAUGCUUUCAAACGAAAAGUAGAAAUUUGGUGUCUUGAUUAUUCUCACAUGUUCUUACUUACAUGUACUCCCUUAGUUUUAUGCUAAACUUAAGCCAAAAGCGAGGCAUUUAUGCUUUGUAACUAUGUAUGUAAAACAUUUUCUUCACACAUGAGUGAUUUGGUAACGAAGUUCAUAGUGUUUUAAAUUCAAAUUUUUAAAAUUUACGAUAAAUUUUGUAUUGUAGCCUCGUUUGCAGUGCAAUCUCCAUUUUUAUGGUGAAGGAGGCUGGUUUUAAAUUUAUUUUUUUAUUUUUAUUUAUUCAAAUUUUUCACAGCAAAAUUUAGGUAGUUGUAGUUAUUAGUGAUAAAAUACAAUAUAAUAAAAAAAUAUUUUGUGCGCGUUGAAAUUUGUAUUGUAAAUGAAUUCCUGUUGAUUUUUUAUAUAAAACAAAUUUUAAUGUCAGCACCAGAUGCCGAGGAUAAUGUUUAAAGUUUACAGGAUUUAAAUGUUUGCAUAUUUCCAGUUAAA